AUGGCGGGUUUUCUAAACCGGGGCUUACGCCCCUCGCUCCGCAGGUUUACAAGGCACCUUAGAGCAACGACAGUCCCCGAAAUUCAUCACGUAACCAUUCCCUCACUCAACACUUUAUCCGCGGGUUUUCAGCAUUCACGUUGGUUAAGAUGCUUACAGUUGCAGAGGAAGGAAAUCCAUUCAUCAACUUUGAGAAGAAUGGAAAAUGCAAGUUUACUGGAUGAAGCCACAUACGAGAGACUUGCAGAAGAAACACUGGAUCUUUUAGCUGACUUCUUUGAAGACCUCGGAGAUCAACCAUUUGUUCCAAAAGACUAUGAUGUAUCAUUUGCGAAUGGAGUGUUGACAAUAAAUAUGGGAGAAGCGUUGGGGACUUAUGUAAUUAAUAAACAGACUCCAAACAGACAAAUCUGGUUAUCAUCUCCCAUCAGUGGGCCUAAACGAUACGAUUGGACCGGGAAGAAAUGGGUCUAUUCUCACGAUGGAAUUUGUUUACAUGGUUUGCUCACGAAGGAGUUCUCUACAACAUUCAAGACCCAAGUGGAUGUACUUUCAGUAGCAGAUAUGCUGGCAGGCUUACUGGACAUUUCCAGCUUUUUUCAUUUUACCUUAGUUGGUGUGUGAAAUUUCUGAGCCCCAUCUCUGUACUCUCCAUGAUUUACUAUCUGUGAUUGGCCUUUGUUGCCAAGAAUUCACAGAAAGGCAAGCUGAGUUAGCUUUGUUUGCCACCCACUAUCAACAAAAACAAAGUACUCCCAUUCCUACUGAGAUCUGGCGAACGUUCACGAAUGACUUUUAAUAGAUAUUUCUAAUCAAUCUGUUCAGAGAUGUUAUUGCACUAUAGGAGACCUCAUGAGUUCCAGUAAUAGUUAACUUUCAACUAUCCCCACCUGCAGCAACUGGCUGCAAAUCAGGUAUUCCUACCACCCAGUACCAUUCUGAAUAGUAACACUUUGUGAGCCAUUGGUUGAUUAGAUUUUAGAGUCUGGCUGUGAGAAGGUGCAUUACCUGAUCAAUGUACAUUUAGAGCUGUAAUUAUGUAAAUUUCAGGAAGUCAUUUGCAAUAAAAUGGGAAUCGGGCCAUGGACCCAAAAAGAAAAUAUUUAUUCAUAAGAAUCUCAUUUUCAAUAAAAACCCAGAAAUGAAUGAAAAUUA